AUGUUGCUUCCUGUCCAGCCUGGGGAACGCAAUUCGGACGUGCCAACAUGGCCGCCCCCACGGCCACCAGGAGCGGCGGACAUAUUGCCUCUCCAGAAACACCGGAAACCGUCGUUCGUGCUUUUCCGGAGGCCUCGGGUCCCUGGGCCAUCACACGCUGCGCAGUUCACGGAACGUCAACGUUUCGGUUUUUCCCUUGGGCCUGACAGAAACCAGGAAUCCCUGACAUUUGAUGAUGUGGCCGUGGACUUCACCUGGGAGGAGUGGCAGCUCCUGGCCCCCGCUCAGAAGGACCUGUACCGGGAUGUGAUGUUGGACAACUAUAGGAACCUGGUGUCAGUGGGUUUUCACACCAGCAAACCAGAUGUGCUCUCCAAAUUUGAUGAAGGAGAACCGACAUGGACAGUGGAAGAUGGUAUCCCCUGUCAAACCCGUUCAGGAAUAAAGGAAGUCUGAGUUCAACUAAGUAGAGGAAUUAAGUAGGUGAG